UUGCUUUUUGCUCUAAUCAAUCUUGCAGGAGUAUAAAUAUGGAGCAAGCACUUGUUCUAUAUGCAAGGGACACACAAGGCAAAGAAACAAUCUAGCUAGCUCGAGCUUGAAUCUCAUCGUCAGACCAUGGCGACGCCGGAGUGGAGCAAGAGCGAGAACGAGAGGUUCGAGCGCGCUCUGGCCGUGUACGGCAACGACGCGCCUGGCUGCUGGGACCGCAUCGCCGCCGACGUGGGUGGCGGCAAGACUGCGGACGACGUGAAGCGGCACUACGACCAGCUCGUCGUCGACGUCCACGAUAUCGAAGCCGGCGGUGCACGCACCAACUCCAACCGCGGUGGCACCGCCGGCACCAGCAACGGAGGGGGGAAUAACGGCCGGCGGGGCCAGACAUGACCCGGAUGGAUCAUGCAUGCAUGGUGCAUGGUUGGUACAAGACAAUGACGUGAGCUCUAUCUUAAUCUAUGCGUGUGUAUGUGUGUGGACGUACGUAUGACACCUUCGCACGCGCGUGUGCGUGUUUUCUUGUCGGAUGUCUGUACAAUGCAGUGUACUGGGUGGUAAUGUGUAUUUGCUAUGUAUAUAUACGUCCGUACGUGGAC